ACUCUUCAUUGUCAAUAACAUGUGGCGAUAGAGUAAACAUCAUUACAUCAGGAAAAUAUACCCUGUGUGUCGAUUUCCAAAUGAAAAACCAUAUAUUGAAGGAAAUGAGUCGAUGUGAUCGUCGUGGUGGCAUGAAAUCUAAACAUGUCUAAUGCAUGGCCAUAAUUCAUACCGGGAACGUCCUUGCUCGUCAACAUGUUGAAGAUGAAACCAUUGAUUUUAAAACUCGCUCAAAAAGCAAUUCUGAGACAUCCGCUUUGCUGUCCAGCAACUGGUCUUUGCCCCACUUCAGCAACUUCAAGACCACUGACUUAUUCUGUCAUCCGGAAAUGGUACGCCACAAGUGCAGCUCCAGUUCCAUCAUCAAAAAAUGGGAAUUCAAACCUGAUGGAAAAAACGGAUGCCUCUCUCAUAAAAGAUGAGCCGCAGCCUGCCUCUGUUGGUCAGCCAUUAAAAGAGAACAAGGCUGUGUUCUCAAUCCCCUUGGAAUUGGACAACAAAGUUUCUCUCUUCAUCAAACAGUCAAACCACUUGGUAGAAGUUGGCCUCAAAAUGCAAACAGAUGAAUUCGUCCUAUUCAACCCUAAGUCCAACAAAAUCAUUGAUAUAAAGUUGAAUAAGGAGAACAUUAAGAACUUGUAUAAUGAAAAGGAUAAGAAAGAGGGAAUGCCCACUGUGGAGUCGAUACAGGAGAUCAUGUGGAAAGAACAGAGGCUUGAUUUGAGACGGUUGCCAAACUAUUAUAUGAUGUUGUCCAAGUCGAGACUAACAGCGCUUGUUGUGAUAACCGCCAUGGCGGGCUAUGGUAUGGCACCUGGAGUCUUUAUUCCUUCCACUUUCAUCUUGUGUUCUUUGGGAACAGCGCUCACAUCAGCGGCGGCUAAUGCAACAAAUCAAUAUUUUGAAGUGCCAUUUGACUCUCAGAUGAAUCGAACCAAGAACAGAGUUAUUGUCACAGGAAAACUCAGCCCCCUCCAUUCUGUUGGAUUUGCAACCACCUCAGCAGCCUUAGGCCUGGUGAUCUUGACAUUUGGUGUUAACCCAUUAACGGCUGGACUGGGAGCGUUUAAUCUCAUUCUCUACACACUAGCCUAUACACCAAUGAAGCGGGUCUCCAUUACGAACACUUGGAUCGGUGCUGUAGUUGGAGCUAUUCCUCCUGUGAUGGGUUGGACAGCAUGUACAGGAUCUUUGGAUAUAGGGGCUGUCUUACUCGGUGCCAUACUCUACUCCUGGCAGUUCCCACACUUCAACGCCUUGAGUUGGAAUUUACGUCCAGAAUAUUCAAGAGCUGGCUAUCGCAUGAUGUCGGUCGUCAAUCCAGGACUAUGUAAACGUGUUGCUCUGCGCCACAGUGCGGCUAUGAUAGGACUAUGCACAUUGGCCCCAAUAUUGGAUGUCACAACGUGGACGUUUGCGGUAGAUUCUUUACCAUUGAAUCUUUACUUUACAUAUUUAGCGUGGAGGUUUUAUAAACAAGGGGACAGUAAUACGAGUCGGAAGCUAUUCAGGUUCAGCUUGGUGCAUCUCCCUGCACUCAUGUUAUUACUGCUUAUUAGUAAAAAGAGAGUAAAGGAGACGGAAGAGUCAAUACCUGUUGGUACAGGAACAGAAGCAGUCCUGAGCCCUUCUUGAUGAUAGUGGUGUUACUCAGUGUAUUGAUGUGUUUUAGAAAUAUCGAUUGUAGAGUAAUUAUGAGAAAUUGGCUGUGUACACUCCUAUGUUUGAAGAAAACUGUAUGGAGUUUGUGCAAUAUGUUUAGUGGGUAACAAAAGCGUAGGAAAAGAAUCAUUCCAUAUCAUAUCCCAGGACAUUCAAGACUGGUUCUUUUCAGAGUAUGAGUCUGAAAUUUGACCUUCAGAAGAAUAAUUAUGAAUUUUAAAGGAUUUGGCCUUGCAGCCCACAUAAGUACUUAGGUAUGGACUGUCACUUUCUGAAAGAAGGGCUAAUUGUUGGAAUACUGACAAGGAACAAUCUGUCUGUGAAAUCAUGUUUGUGUGGCAAACUGAACAAUUGUGUGAUAUCUAUGUUAAUAAUUUCGUAAUAAAAUGGCAUGU